GUAAUGCGACGCUAAUGAUGCUAGCUACCAUUAAACAUCAAAGAAGAAGAAGAAGCCCAGUACUCUCACUCUUGAGCUCAGCUACACAACAAUAACAAGAUUGUGCGAUGGUUCGGACACUGAGAUGACCUGCACCCUGCGCUUAUGACCCACACUGAACUUCAUAUUUAGCAGGUCCAAUUUUAGGUUCCACACAGGGUGACCCAUGCUUUCUGAUGAGCUCGACUCCAAACCAGAGCUGCUGGUGCAGUUUGUGCAGAACGCGUCCAUCCCGUUGGUGCCGGGUCUGGAGGACUCAGAGUCCAAACACUCCUGCCUGCCUCUGCUGGCUCCAGCUGAGAGCUCACUGUGCAGCCCGCUGGAGCUCACAGAUGGAGGCCUGAGCCAUGAGCCUGAGACGUCUCCCUCCCUGUCAGAGUUCGGAGGUGUGUCAGAGCGAAGCCCGUUAGUGGUCCAGACACACCCUCAUCCACGGGCCUCACCCAGCCCUCCACCCAUCCUCCAUGACCUCCAGCAGUCAGACAGCACUUCCUACGUCCUGCUGAACCUCGCAAAAGGCAUCACAGCCUCCUCUGAGUCCCUGAUCUUCGCCGCAGAUGGCACCGGGGAGGACGACGAUGAGGGGGUCUCGUCAGGCGACUACGGGAUAGAUGGCAGUGCUCCCUGGUAUCUGCGGGUACAGGAGCUGGCACACGACAGCCUGAUUGCCGCCACGCGAGCACAGCUUGCGAGAGAUGCUAAGGCCAGCCAGGACGCCAGAGCCGCAAGUGUCAGUAACGGUGACCACACACACAGUUUGACGGCGGACGGGGACAAGCGAGAGCUGCCGUCUCGGACCAGCCGCCCCCUCUCCAAGCAGAUCCUCCGCUGCUCGUUCGAGGGCUGCUGCAGGACGUUCACCUGGCCGGCUCAUCUCAAAUACCACCUCAAAACACACAGGAAUGACCGAAUGUUCAGGUGCGUCGCAGAGGGCUGCGGGAAGAGUUUCUACGUGCUGCAGAGGCUGCAGGUUCACAUGAGGACGCAUAACGGCGAGAAGCCCUUCAUUUGCAAGGAGAAGAACUGCGGGAAGAAGUUCACCACGGCCGGAAACUUGAAGAACCACAAACGCAUACACACAGGAGAGAAGCCUUUCCUGUGCGAAGCAGAUGGCUGUGGGCGAUCCUUUGCAGAGUAUUCCAGUCUAAGGAAACACAUGCUCGUACAUUCUGGUGAGAAGCCUCAUCACUGUGGGAUCUGUGGGAAGACUUUCUCUCAGUCGGGCAGCAGAAACGUCCACAUGAGGAAGAGACACGGAGAGGAAGGGCUCAGCAGUGAGAGCAGAGAGACAGGUGAGGCUCUGACGCAAAGCAGCCUGCUGGAGGCAGACGGCGAAAAUGGAGAUACUAUGGUCACCAUGACAACAACCGUGGAGCCUAUGAAUCUACACCACGCCAUGCUGAGAUCACCAGGCUCCGCAGACUCUGUGGUUGUUCUCUCUCAGCCACAUGAACUGGUGACCAUGACAACCGAAGGCCAUGCAUAUGGAGAAGAUGUGGUGGCGCUGCUGUAGUCUGACUGCCAUCAUGAAAAAUGUCACACACUGCCUAUUUCAGCAGCGCCAGACUGACAGUGACAGCGGACUAAACAUAGACAUCUCUCUGUAAAUAGAUUAAUUGCUCGUUCACCCCUGUAGAUAUUUGUAAUUAGCAACCGAUGAUGGUUUUAUUUUGACAAGCGUAAAAUGGCAAAGUUUGUACAAACAACCUUUUUUCCUCAAGUUUUUGAAAACAAAUACUCCCAAAGAAAUACUGAGACGGGUUUAAAAGUUUAUGAAAAUAUAAUGACCGUGCAUUGUUAUUUGCAUAAUAAUUGUAAACAGCAGUCUGGAGGUUAAAAUACACUGAUGGAAAAUAAGGCCCCCUUAUUUUUAAAACUUCAGUGGCUGAAAAGAUCCACUGUCAAAUUUAAAUGUACCAGACACAUGUAUCCCAAAGUAUCCUUAUUACUAAUUUUUAAAAAAUGUAAACACAUGUAAACCAGGCCACCCUGUUUAUCAGUCUGAGGAAAACUUCUAAAACAGAUUUGUGUAUCCUGAAAUGCCCAAAGCUGCAUUAACUGAGUUAUUGGUUCCAUCUUUCACUUAAAUGUCAACCUCCAGUGCUUCACUUGUUCUCUGAGUAAGGCAACACAUUGCUCAUUUACAGCUCAAUAUAUUAACACUUGAGAAUAACUGCUUUUUAAAAUAAGUUAAGAAUUACUCAUGAGGUUAGUUCUGCCCUUACGAAACAAACCGCAGAUGCCUGGGGGCCGUCAGAUGAGGCAGUGCACACAUUACCCGUGUUUGUUAUUGAGCACCACCUAAAAUCAGCAGUGUUUGUUCCUCCCUUCUCCUCAGUGGAUCUUCAGGUUGUGGAAGUGGUCCAACGUGGCGCCCAAAGCCCAGCUUGCCUCCACGUUGUUCACUUUCUUGGUCAACUAGGAGCGUAAAUAACCCAACACCAAAUCACUCAAAUGCCUUUUGUAUUUAUUGAAAUAAAAAAGUAACAGAUU